GGAUUUCAUUUCCCUAUUUGGAGAGGAGGGUUCAUUCUUGACGUCUGUUGCUGUGGUUGUGCUCUGAGCUGCAGAAGAUUUUGCUCUCUCCUUUCCAACGGACUUCUCUUCACUCUUUGCCUGGUUUUAUUUUGGAGAUUUACUUCACUAUUAUUUGUGGGAUCCCUGUAUGGAUUUCCUCUCCUAACCAGCACCUUAUGGGAUUUUCCUGGUCCUUCACCCCUGGUGACGAUGAUCUGGUUUCUGAUUGGCUUCCUGGUCCCACUGGCAAUUUUUGCUGCGCCACCUCCCAUAAAUAGACUGGCACUUUUUCCAGAUAAAAGUGCCUGGUGUGAAGCCAAGAAUAUUACACAGAUUGUGGGACACAGUGGCUGUGAAUCAAAAUCUAUACAAAACAGAGCCUGUCUGGGUCAGUGCUUCAGUUACAGUGUCCCAAACACAUUUCCUCAGUCUACUGAAUCCUUGGUGCACUGUGACUCCUGUAUGCCGGCCAAGUCCAUGUGGGAUGUGGUCACUCUCGAGUGCCCGGGCAAUGAUGAGGUGCCACGUGUGGACAAACUAGUGGAGAAGAUCUUGCGCUGCAGCUGUCAAGCAUGUGGGAAAGAAUUAAGCCAGGAGGGGCCACUAUUCAAUGAAUUCCUGAACACAGCUGAAGAGAAUCUACCCCCUGCAGAGAGCCUCAGCCGCCACCAACCACCUCCACAAGAAGAAGAAUCACCACCCCAAGCACACCGGGAGGCAGAGAGCGAGGAAUGAGCACUUUUUCAUCCUCAAAGACUCAGAACUCACUGUAACCGUAUACUACAGUGCAUAGUCCCACAGUCCCAUGGCCAGAGAUUGAACCAAUGUCUCAGCACUAUGGUGGGCAAGAAACUGAGACUCAAUAGUUGCCACCUCUGCCCCCAAAACCAUAGAUAUGACCUAAUAACUCCUGGAUGGUAGUGUUGAGAUCUCUGAUAAAAACUACACCAAUCCCACUAACUCAUGGCUGGAAAUAAACAUAUCACUUUAGUAUGACGGAGUGGAAAGACCUAUAAUAUACUAUUACCACUGUUUCAUUGUAACAAAUACAGUAUAUUAUAACAGUAUGAUUGAGAAGAGAUCUUAGACCCACAAUACACCACAAAAAAAUGGACAAGACCAAAGGCUUAUCUGUUUCAACAGAAUGAUGGAGAAGAAGUAUUAGACCAACCUGUAUAAUCUCCAGGCCAGAGAUAUAGGAUAUCAUGACAGCAUUAUUGAAGGAAGAUCUGCCACUCAUUAUAUCUCAAGACCAGAAUUAUAGCCUUCACAGUGUGGAGAGACUUCAUAACUUCCAUUAACUAUUCCUACUAGCAUAAUGUUAUAGGAAUAACUAACACCAUAGUUUAACAGAGAGGAUACCACACCACUCCUGAUAUCUUAUGACCAACUAUGUAACCUGUAAUCACAGUAUGAUGAAGAGGAUAUAUGAAAUCCAUAAUUCUACACUUCUGUUAUCUCAUGGUCAUAGAUAUAACCUAUAAUCACAGCAUGUUGGAGAGGGAACCUCAAAACAAUAAUGACUACUCCCACUCAAGGAGAGGGUCAUAUUUUUGUAAACCUCUGACAGUCAGCAGAUGAGAUACCUCUAUCAAACUCAUCAUCUUUGACUUAAAUACAGAGGCGUUGUAUAGUGUCACUACAGUCCUGUGACUCUGACCUGUAAACAAAAACAAUUUGCAUUUGAUUUUGAGAAAUACUGUCUUUAGCAUGGAUUUGAUUUUUGUAGAGGAGACUGUUCUCUAUCUGAUGUUUGAGAUGUAAGAUACUGUUGUAAUAUUCUGUAGUUCAGUAGUAUAUUGAAGUCAUUAUAAAGCAAAACACUGAUAUUCUGAUGUUUUACCACUGUCCUGAAGAUUUGGGGUCCCUUGUAGUGCUUUAAUUGCCACCUGGAACCUGCUGCAUAGUCACUUUUCAUACAGCUAAUGGGCUUAAAGAUUUGUACAAUAAUUUUACUCCAAAUAAUCUCAAAAAUAAAUAUAUUCAAUUGACACAAAUAAAGCUUUUUAUUUGCAAGAAUCUAAUAACUAGAAUGUCUAUUUCCAAUCAAUUGUCAUCAAGAUUCUGAAUAAAUUCUAACUUUGUUUUCAACAA